AUGACUAAGAUAAACUUUGUUAUAGUGGCCACUUUGCUAGCUUCUUUAGCGCUUUGCAACUAGUAUCCUAUCAAGAAUGUAGUAGUUUUAAUGAUGGAAAAUCGUUCUUAUGACCACAUGCUUGGAUGGAUGAAGCAAGGAGGAGAAUAUGGUAAUCCAGAAGUAAAUGGAUUGACUGGAAACGAAUGUAAUUACAAAGAUCCUUUCCUUCCAUUUUUAGGAAAAGUUUGUAUCAGCCCUGAUGCUCCUGAUAAUUCCCUCUAUGAUCCUAGUCAUAGUCACGAAUCUACUACUGAACGUAUAUUUGGAUGCAAAUACUCCCUUAAUAUUAAGGAUAAGAACAUAAAAAAUCCAUGCGUAAACCAUGCUUCUUCUGAAGGCGAUGCUAACAUGGGUGGAUUCGUUAUGGCUGCUAGAUAGAAUAAAGAAAAUGGGCUUUAAGAAAUGAGCGCAUAAUUAUCUUCAAACGUUCCAAUUAUUACUACUUUAGCUAAUGAGUAUGCUUAAUUUGAUCAUUAUUUUUGCAGCUAUCCAGGACCUACUAAUCCAAAUAGACUUUUUGUACACUGCGGUACUUGCGACGGUUGUUUAGGAAACGAAUAGAAAGCUGGUUAAAUUAAAAACAAGACUCUUCAAGAAGUACUUGCUAAUAAUAACUUAACUUGGAGAUAUUAUUAUGAAAAUGAUGCUGAUGAUUGGUUCCUCUACAUUAAUUAUUUCAACUAAAAUUUCAAUGAAACUCUCUUCCCUCCUAUGGAAUAAUUCUAUACAGAUGCAGCUAAUGGAAACUUGCCUAAUUAUACUUUUAUUAAUCCAUCAGAAUCUAUUAAUCCUAAUUACAAUAACACUAAAUCAUUUGGUUUAAUGAAUGAUCAACAUCCUAAUCACAGUGUUCGUGAAGGAGAAAGACUUAUGAAAAAUGUCUACGAAGCCUUAAGAAAUGGUCCUCUAUGGAAUUAAACUCUUUUUAUUAUAACUUAUGACGAACAUGGUGGUUUCUAUGACCAUGUUUCUCCACCUCAAAACGGAGUACCAAACCCUGAUGGUAAGAAAAAUAGAAAUGGCUUUGAUUUCACUCGUCUAGGUAUCCGUGUUCCUAUGCUCUUGAUAUCUCCUUGGAUAGAAAAAGGAACAUUAGUCAAGGAACCUGCUCCUCACUAGAAGCCUUUUGAAACAUCUUAAUUUGAGCAUAGUUCAAUUAUUUCAUCUGUGCUCAAAAUUUUCGGAAUUGAUGAGUAUUUCUCAAAGAGAACUGAGUGGGCUGCCACCUUUGAUGAUCUCCUUUUAAAGAGAACUGAACCAAGAACAGAUUGCCCAACUGAACUUGCCUAUAUUCCUCCUCCCACAUAAUAAGAUAUUGAAAGACUUUACAAUCUUCCUCUAAAAGAUCGUUUAGUUUAAAAAGUUUAAAAAAUAUGUCGUUAACUUAGAAGAAACGAUGAAAAUUGUGGAAAAAAUGUUAAAACAUACUAAGAUUUAAACCAUUUCCUCACUCAUGAAAUUUAAUAGUAUGAUUAUUGA